AACAAAAAUUAAAAGAUAUAAACUGCAAAUUAAUUUGGUUCCAAAACCAUUAGUUUAACUUUAAAUCUUUAACAUGAUGUAAUAAACCCGGCCGCAUCAGAGUUCUACUACUUCCUCAUUGAAUAUUAAUUUCCAGCGGUUCAUGAUCGCAUCACGAAUCCAGUACCACCGACGAAGAUUCUGGAAGUGGUGGUUCCUCACCGUGCUACUUUCGUUCGUUUCAUUUCGUGCAGAGAUUCAAUUGGAUCCAGAAAAUCGAGAGCUUGAUUCCAUGGCGUAUAGAAGAAAACAAUACGGAACUUCAAAGUCUUCUCCUUCGAUUUUCGAAAACGAAGCAAUUCGAAACCCUAACCCUAAUCCUGUUACACCUUCUUCCUCUUCUUCCAACUAUGAAGGCGUUGACACUUCUUCGUCUUCACUUGCUGCUAAAGCUAUCAGAGCUUCUUCGGCGCGGCGUGAUUCUUCGCUCUCGUCUCUUUAUGGUCACUCCAAUCUCUCCUCUCAUCGUUCUCAACCUACUCCAACUGUUCCUCCAUCCGCCAAGGAUUCAAGAGCUUAUGAAUAUACAUCUAUGAAGAGAUUGGAUGAGUCAAAGAAUGGAUUUUGGGGUGUUCUUGCUAGAAAAGCAAAAUCAAUGAUUGAGGAUGAUGGUUUAACACGGGAAUCUGAAAUGCCCGGGACACCAAGGUCACAAUUUCCUGGUGUAUCAUCUACGGGCAAGGGCCAAAAUUUGAAUCACUUAGAGGAGGGAAAUCUCAAAAGGGACAGUCCAACAAUUAUUAGGGGGUUAGGUGCGAUCACAUCCUCGCUUACUCAUAUUGGUGGCACCAUUGGUAAAUCUUUCGAGGAAGGUUUUACAAUUGUUGAGAAUCGGACUUCAGAUAUCAUUCAGGAAACCCGUAAACAUAUCAGGAAAAAGCCAAGCAUUUUAGUACAAAAUCAGGAAACAAACCAUUCUACUACGUUGCAAGAACCCCAGGUGCGGACCCAGAAGUCGCCAAAGCAAGCAGACCAAGAACUUCAGCUGAAGGCAUCUCGCGACGUUGCAAUGGCAAUGGCUGCCAAAGCAAAAUUGCUUCUUCGGGAGUUGAAGACUGUCAAAGCUGAUCUGGCAUUUGCAAAGGAUCGAUGUGCUCAAUUAGAGGAAGAAAAUAAAAUCCUCCGUAUAAAUCGCGAAAGGGGAGAUAGCCAAGAUGAUGAUGAUUUGGUGCGACUUCAACUUGAAACUCUUCUAGCUGAGAAAGCUCGCUUGGCCCAUGAGAACUCGGUUUAUGCCCGUGAGAAUCGCUUUCUGAGGGAGGUUGUUGAAUAUCAUCAGCUUACAAUGCAGGAUGUUGUCUACUUAGACGAGAGCAAUGAGGAAGUCUCUGAAGUUAAUCCUCUUAACCUACCCCAAGUGCCUAUUAUGUCCCUAGAUUCCAUUACUCCAUCUGCAACAUCCCUAUCACUGCCUUCAGAAGCCAAACUUGGCUUGGGCUCUGAAUUAACAAGAAACAUUUCAUGUCCCGUAUCAGGAAAGAAUGUAAAGGAUUCAACGAGUUCUGAAGUGACAGGCAUCUCUUCUAUAGCUGGAAAGGAUAUAAAAUGACAUGAAAUUCUUCUAUUACAAUGGUGAUGUAGAGUUUUUGGUGCCUUCAUGAUUUGCGAUUUAUAUGUUGCUCGUUUUAUAUAUCUUGGGUGACAUUAGUUUGAUGUAAUUUUGUACCUUAUAUCGUGUAACAUCAUUAGUGUUUUUUAACUUUUAAUUUUUAUAGUACCUGCAUAUAUAACCCAAGUCAGCUAUUUUCUGUAUAGCAAUAUUUGCCACAAGCCAACAUAAAAAGUCUGUAUAUCAAAGUACUGUUAUUUCUCGUUCA